AAAGAACUCAACGUACUGCCUGAUGAGCUGCCGAUUGAACGAGCCCUAGGUCUGCAGUGGAGCAUAGAAUCAGAUUCCUUCAACUUUUGCAAAUCAUUAGCUGACAAGCCAUGCACCAGAAGAGGAGUGCUUUCAACAGUGAUGUCACUCUACGAUCCUCUUGGACUGAUUGCUCCAGUGACAUUGAGAAGCAGACAGAGUGUUAAGGAAUUGUGCAGAGAAGGUGCUGACUGGGAUGAUCCACUGACAGACAAGAUGAAAAUGGAAAGGGGAGUUCUACGGGUUGGAGGACGAUUAAAGCGAGCAGAGGGUUCAUUUGAUGAGCCGACUCAUCUAGAACCGCUAACUCCAGAUCACAUGUUGACUCAGAAAUCAAGGGUGAUAUUACCGCCGCCAGGUAACUUUCCACUAGAAGAUGUGUACGCCAAGAAACGCUGGAGAAGAGUACAACACUUAGCCAACAAGUUCUGGUCUCGAUGGAGGAAAGAAUUCCUGAGCCAACUACAGUCAUGGCAGAAAUGGACGAAGCCACAGAGCAACAUGAAGGUAGACGACAUCGUGCCGACGAAGAAUGAUAACAUUCCUAGAAACUUGUGGCCGCUGAGAAGAAUCGCUCAAGUGUUCGCGUCUGAAGAUGGCCAUGUCCACAAGGUGAAGAUCACAGUGGGUGAUCCAGAACUGAAUAGACAGGGAAAGCGAAACUCUCCAUUACCUUGA